AUGGGUGGACACUGGAUGACUGAUGGGCGGAAGGAUGAGGUUGAAGAUGAGCUGAUGAUGGGAAUCUUGUUCCGCGGGUGUCGUGGGGGCAUGGAGGUUGGUGCCAUGGUGGUGGUGGAGGUGACGGUGGAGCAUGAGAUGGGCAACGGCAGAGCCGGAAAUAACGGCCAACGGCCACCUCCCGGACAUCUGCCAUCAUCGGGAGCCACCACCAUCAUCAUCAACAUCACCAGCACCGUCGCCCUCGGUCACGGCAUCCCCUCCCCUCCCCUCACCACCACCCACCGAACCGGCGAGCGACCACCGCAGCAGCAGUCAACCACCCCCGACCAGGGCUGCCCGCCGCCAGCGUCCAAUCCCAUCGCGGCCGCAACCUUAACCCCUGCUCAUCAAAAACCAAUUCGCCCUAGCCCGGCCUCUGUUUACCGGGCUAAACCCAAGGCAAAGAAAGCGACCCUCUGCCUAGGGUGCCAGGCUUCCCUGCAAUUAUUCAGAGGCUGCACCCUCUCUGGGAGUCUGGGAGACAAUCCUGGAGUCCUGGAGUCCUGGCCCUCGUUGCAUCUCCUCCUGCUUGCCUCGAACGUCGUCAUUAUCUCCAUCGACGCCCCCCUCUGCGCCGGGCAAAAGAGUGGCACGCGCGCCAAAGAAAACCUGACCGACUGGGCUGGACCCAACCCGGCCACUCGUGUUCUGUUCCUUCUGAACGAAUACCCAUCCCGUCCUGUUCAGGCCCUUGCAGUUGCUGUUGCUUCAUCGACCGCCGGCAGGAAAGCAACAUCGACAUCACAUCAACAACAACAACACACCCGAGCAUUCGAUUUGCAUCACCCUUCCUUCUCCUGCAAGCAGCCCAAGACCUCUCGCUGCCCUGCCAAGUCAAGCACGCACGCGAGAAACACCCUCCUAGCUCUUUGCAACCGCCGGUUGUCUCCCGCCUCCCGCCAGGAGGCACCUCGAUUCAGAGCAGUCCUCGCCCGCUCUCGAGGGACUGCCACUGACGCCUGCAACGACACAGCAGAAGAGAGCGAGAGAGGAGAAAAAAAGGACUCGACGCCCGUCUUCUUGGCCAUCGACCAAAGUACUGGCCCCUUCCCCAAUCCAGCCCAUAUUACCACAGACAUCCAGCUCCAGCUGCAUCUCGAGCAAGCAGCAUUUCUGCUUCUUGCCUCUGCGUCUCCCAGGUUCAACUCUACCCAAACUCAAACUCAAAGCCAAACCCAGAACUCCCGCACCUCUGCUGCUCGUCCGACCCCGAGCCUGCACCGCUCCCUCAGCUACUCGCCCACAUCGGCCCCUCGUCGUGCUGACACCGACACAAACCUCAACCCGCUCUCCCUUGUCGCCUCGCUGCAGGAGCCCCCAUCGUCAGUCUCUGCCGCAAACAGAUCUUCGACCACACCCUCCUCGCCAGCCGUGGAGCGACCGCAAGUUGAUGCGCUCCCGACCCUCCUCGACGACCCCAUCGCGAGCAGCAGCAGUAGCAGCAGUGUUCAAUCCGCGCCGCAAGUUGGGCAGCCAUCUCAGCCUCACGUCGAUACCGAACCGGCCAACAUGACGAGAGCACGCGCUUCCACGACGGGCGACGCCGUGCCCAAGGCAUCGUCCCCUGUGCCCGACAGCCUUCCCUCGAUCCGCUUCUCGGCCUACUACGACCCCCGCGCAACGCGCCCGAGCCUGACGUUCCCGCCCGUAUCGCGAACUUUGCCUGGCGGCAACGAGAUCAUUCGGGUUGGCCGCUACUCGGAGCGAGACAACCAGCCGCCCGUGCCUGCCAACACCCCUUCGGCCGCCCCCGUGGGCUUCAAGAGCAAGGUUGUCAGUCGACGACACUGCGAAUUUUGGUACGAGGAUGGGAAAUGGUACAUCAAAGACGUCAAAAGUUCCUCGGGCACUUUCCUCAACCACAUCCGCCUCAGCCCUCCCGGCACGGAGUCGAAGCCGUUCCCCGUUAACGAUGGCGACAUCGUGCAGUUGGGUAUAGACUUCAAGGGCGGUGAGGAAAUGAUUUUUCGCUGCGUGAAAAUGAGGCUGGAACUUAACCGUGGCUGGCAAAACAAGCUCAACACUUUCAACAUGGCAACACACAAGCGUCUACGAAAUAUGACUUCUGCCAACUCGGCAAAUUCUUCGUCGACCCAGGACUGUUCCAUUUGUCUCAACUCAAUCGCGCCAUGCCAGUGCCUGUUCGUGGCGCCAUGCUCACACACCUGGCAUUUUAAGUGCAUCCGCUCUCUAUUGAAUUCCCCACAAUAUCCCAUUUUCGUGUGUCCGAACUGCCGCAUGGCUGCCGAUUUGGAGGCGGACAUUGAGGAUCCCGCAGAAGACUGGGAGCAAAUGGACGAAGACGAGGAGCUUGAGCAGAAGGACGAGGCCAAGGACAAGGCCGUAGUCCCAAGCGAGCCUCUACCCGCCCCCGUACCGGUGUCUGCAGAAAGCUCGCGGCCUGUGUUGCCCGAGAUCGGCACUGAGCCAGAUGCCAUGGAUUUCACUGUAGCCUUGGAUCGUGCCCGCACCAUGGCUGAGAUGCCUCCGCCGCAAUCGGUUGCACCUCACGCCACUAUCGAACCUGUCCCGAUUCCUUCGGUCGGGCCAUCGCAAACGGCCGCUCCACGUACUGGCCGUGACACCCGGACGCCUUCCCCCAUUGGAAACCACUUGACGAACGGUACUGAAGGUCCCAUUACCCCGCGUAAUGACGCCGGGCCAUGGGUAUUUGAUGGAAGCGCCGGUCGCCGUGCUGCGGAAGCUGCCAACGGGAUGAGAAGCCUUGACGAGGCUGCAGAGAUGGACGUUGACCGGUAG